AGAAAAUGAAAAACUACGGCUGCAAAAUAAUGUCAGAAUGGAAAGUUUCAUCAAUCAGUUCAAAGAUGCAAAAAAAUUGGAAAAUGUUGACAGAUAUCACUUGCCAUCUGAUCUAAAAGAAGUAAUUUUAUUUUUAUAUUUUUAGGAUGCAAAAAAACCUCAGCAAGAAGAGCCGGAACAGGCUGGAAUGGCUGGCAAUAAUAUGAUUUGGGAAGAAGAUCAUAUUAAGUCUGCCACUUAUAAAUUUGGUUCCAAAGACCUCGUCGAAAUGAAAGAAAAAAAAUUGAUGGAAGAAAUUUUAAUCGAAGAUGAAAUUGAGUUUGUUAAAAAUAUUGAAAUGCCCGGGACCGAAACCGCCCCAAAGGUUCAAGUUCCUUCCGAAGAAAAGACGUUGGACGAAGUCAGAAAGUCACUUCCAGUUUAUGGCUUCCGUGAAGGCAUUCUACGUGCCAUUGACGAAUAUCAAGUGCUUAUAAUCGAAGGGGAAACUGGUUCUGGCAAAACGACUCAGAUUCCGCAAUAUCUCUAUGAAUCCGUAUUAAUAUAUUUCUAUUUCUAAGGGAUAUUGCAAAAAUGGUAAGCGAAUUGGAAUCACUCAACCAAGGAGGGUGGCAGCAAUGUCAGUGGCUGCUAGAGUUUCCAAAGAAAUGGGAUGUAAAUUAG